AUGUGGAUGAUUGUCACACUUGCUGAUGCUCAUACAUGCAUUCGUGUCUGUUUUAAUAAUGACCACCGUGGAUUGAGUAGCGACAUAAUUGCCGAACAUAUUAUUCCCCACAUUAUGAAUGGUCCAGUGUAUAAAAUCAAGGAAAUUCAAGCAUCGGUGAAACAGGAGUUUCAUUGCGAUGUGUCUUACAAGAAAGCUUGGUAUGCUAGACGCCGUGCCAUUGAUAUAUUAUACGGGGAUUGGCCGACAUCCAUAUCACAGCUGCCAACCUAUAUUCAGGAGUUACAACGGUCCAAUCCGGGUACGGUAGUUGUGUGGGACCAUCAUCCAUCGAGUACCCCUUCCAAUAUUAUUUUUGAUUAUAUAUUUUGGGCAUUUGCACCUGCCAUCCAAGGCUUUCGCCAUCUGAAACCGGUCAUAUGUGUGGAUGGUACUUUUUUGAAAGGACCUUAUCGGGGAAAACUUCUUGUCGCCGUAGGUUUUGAUGCUAAUGGUUCACUGUUUCCCCUGGCAUAUGCUCUAGUCGAUGAGGAGAAUAAUCGGAGUUGGCAUUGGUUCAUGAGACUGUUACGCAUUCACGUGUGUGGUGACAUGCAGAAUAUAUGCAUUAUUUCUGAUCGUCAUCAUGGCAUCAUUAAUGCAAUGCGUACACUCGAAGAGUGGCAGGAGCCAUUAGGGGUGCACCGAUUCUGUUCGAUUCAUAUUCGGAGCAAUUUCAUACAAAAAUUCAAGAAUGAAAGGCUUAAAAACCUGAUGUACGGGGCUGGUGUGGCGAAUCAGACACGUAAGUAUGAGAACUUCAUGAAUGUGAUUUUCUCCCUAAAUACGGAGGCAUAUGCAUGGCUAACGGGUGGAUCAGUUCGACCCGAACAAUGGGCUCUGUGCAAAGAUGGGGGAUAUCGUUGGGGCCACAUAUCCACAAAUAUGGCCGAGUGUUUCAACAAUCUCUUGAGGGACGCUCGGUUGCUGCCAAUUACUGCGUUGAUAAGAUUCACAUUCAAUCAAACUGUUGAUUUGUUCGUGAAGAAUCACAAGGUUGCAUGGGAUGAGGUAUACCGCCUCCCAAAGAAAUCUUGGGAUAAAUAUGUCAAAAAUGAACAAAAAAGGCGGGCCCAUGCAGUUCAAGUGUUCGAUCAUAGGAUGGGUAUUUACUGCAUUACGACUGCCUAUCGACAAAGCCAUCAAGGAGGUAAUGCGCAAACCGUUGACAUUGAAAAUCGCACGUGCACAUGUGGAAAAUGGAGAGAAUUCCGCUUCCCAUGUUCACAUGCCAUAGCUGCGUGUUUUAGGUGUGGCAUCUCCCCAUUGACGCUUGUCGCUCAUGAACACACGUUUUCCUCUUAUCAAGCUACAUUCACCGGUAAUUUUGAACCGCUACGGGAUCCAAAAUAUUGGCCUGUAGCGGAAUUACAGCUGAAUAUCAUAGGAGGGAGAUUGAAACAAAAGAUGCCAGGACCAUUGAGAAAUUCUAGGAUCAGAAAUCAGAUGGAUAGAAGAUGCCCUGAUGUACCACGUCGAUGCAGUAACUGUUUAUAG